UCAAUGCAGAAGAAGAACACAUAAACAACACCUUACCAUUGCAAUGAAGACUCCCAGUUCCCAAUUUUCAUGGCUUAUGGCCGCCGCCCUCAUCGCUUCUUCGAUGAUACUGGGUUGUUGUGGCAAUGAGAGCUCCCCUGAGGACAGACAGGCAUGUAUUAUAUCCAAAACUUACUUUCAUACAAUUCCCAGUGUCCUAACUGCACAAGUUGGACUCUCAACUUGCAGGUGUACAUAGUCUACAUGGGCGAUCGCUCACGCAACAUUGAAACUACAACAUCUGCUUCUGCUGUUCACAUUAGCCUCCUUCAAAAGGUCACCGGCAGCGUGAGCCUUGCUGCCGAGUCCUUGGUUCACAGCUACAGCAAGAGCUUCAGUGGCUUUGCCGCCAAGCUGACAAAGGCUGAGACAGAGAAACUGUCUGGCCACGAAGGUGUAGUGUCCGUUUUCCCUAGUCAGUUGAGGCAAUUACACACGACCAGAUCAUGGGAUUUCAUAGGCUUCCCUCGAACUGUCGCAAGAGCGACCGUGGAGAGCGACGUUAUCAUCGGAAUGCUCGACACCGGAAUCUGGCCGGAAUCUCAGAGCUUCAACGCUUCUGGGUACGGCCCGCCUCCACAGAAAUGGAAGGGGACCUGCCAAUCCUCUUCCAAUUUCACCUGCAACAACAAGAUAAUCGGAGCCAGAUUCUACCACGCCGGCCAAGACGUCAACAACGGCGAAACCAUAUCUCCGCGGGACACCGAAGGCCACGGCACCCACACCGCAUCCACCGCAGCAGGAAACAUCGUGACUCACGCCAGCCUCCUCGGCCUCGCCGCCGGGACGUCUCGCGGCGGGGUCCCGUCCGCCCGGAUCGCCGUCUACAAGAUAUGCUGGACCCUCGGCUGCUCCGACGUCGACAUCCUGGCAGCCUUCGACGACGCCAUCUCCGACGGAGUCGACAUCAUAUCGCUGUCCAUCGGAGGCGCGCCGACGGACUAUUUCCAGGACUCCAUAGCAAUUGGUGCCUUCCACUCCAUGAAGAACGGCAUCCUGACGUCGAACUCGGCCGGGAAUUCCGGCCCGGCUGCCGGAACGGUGUCGAACGUCUCUCCCUGGUCGCUUUCUGUUGCUGCCAGCACCAUUGACAGGAAGUUCGUUACUGGAGUGAAGCUGGGUAACGGCAGGACUUAUCUGGGAGGCUCGAUCAAUACUUACGAGCCCAGCAGGAUGUAUGGUCUUAUCUAUGGCGGAGACGCGCUGAAUCGGACGUCGGGAUCGGAUUCGAGGAGCUGCGGUGCAGGAAGCUUGGACAGGGAUUUGGUGCGGGGGAAAAUGGUGCACUGUGACGGUGUGAGCAGAGGAGAUGAACAAGCUCGAGUGGGUGCCGUCGCUUCAACGAUGAGCCUUCCUCCCGAUACUCCACUUGACGCGGCGUUUUCGUUUCUUUUACCCGUUUCCGUCUUGACCAAUGCUGACAGUGCUGAAAUUUUGGAGUACAUCAACUCAACCAGUGAUCCAACUGGACUGAUAUUCAAGACUCGUGGCAUCAUCGAUAAUUCAUCACCUCAUGUGAUCGAUUUCUCUUCAAGGGGCCCCAACCCUAUAACAACAGAUAUUCUCAAGCCUGACCUUACAGCACCUGGAGUUGAUAUCCUGGCAGCAUGGUCUGAAGCUACCACAGUGACGGGACAGGAAGGAGACACGAGAACGGUACCGUUUAACAUAAUCUCCGGGACUUCCAUGUCCUGUCCCCAUGCCUCAGCAGCAGCAGCUUACGUUAAAUCGUUUCAUCCUACGUGGUCUCCAGCCGCCAUCAAGUCUGCUCUAAUGACAACAGCUCGUCAGCUCAGCGUCGAGGACAACAGUGAUGCAGAGUUUGCAUACGGGUCGGGCCAGAUCGAUCCGAUUAAAGCCGUGAAUCCAGGACUGAUAUACGAUGCAGGGGAGAUCGAUUACGUCAGGAUGUUGUGUGGGCAAGGUUACAACGCUACACAGCUCCGCCUCGUUACAGGAGAUUCGAGCGCUUCUUGUUCUGAAGCGACCGAUGGGACGGUGUGGGAUCUGAACUAUCCUUCUUUCGCUCUGUCGUCGGGAAAACCUAUGGCGUCGGUGACUCGAGUGUUUCAUAGAACCGUUACGAAUGUGGGAUCGGCGGAGGCGACGACUUACACGGUCUCCAUCAGUGGCCCAGGACUAGGAGCACUUAAGGUCCGAGUCGAACCAAAGACGCUCGUUUUCAACAAAAUUGGGGAGAAACAAUCGUUUGUUGUUACGGUUGAAGCUGCGCUGGAAAGGGAAACAACUAUGUUGUCGGUAUCUUUGGUUUUUAGCGACGGAAUCCAUACUGUCAAGACUCCGAUUGUUGCAUUUGUGGCACAGUAACAAGAUUGUUCGAUGAUCGAAUUUGUCUGUGUGAGACGGGAUUGUUACGUUGUUGUAAUCGAUAAAAAUAAAACUAAAUUGUGCAAUGACAAUAUAUUGCUCAAUUUAGUAUCCACUAUAACUUUCCUCGUACGUAUUUCUUUCUUUUCUAGAGUUUGUUCGAUUUUCUUUCAAAUCUACUAUUGGGAUAUUGUUACAAUAAUUUGCAUCUUAUAUGUUGUUUGGAUAAUUUUCUAAAUACAUUGUUUCACUACAAAUACCAACACUAUGGAAAAAUGGACCUCUUGCAACUCUUGGAUUGCAACACCAUUUAAAAGUGUUGCGUUCGAUAUAUAAUCGCAACACUUUUUUUUGAGUUGCAUAUAUGAUAUUUUACGCAACUCAAUUUAAUAAUGUGUUGCAAUUGUU